CUGCAUUGUCUUGUUUGUGUCAUGGACGAAGAGCUGUUCCAAACGAUCGAGCGCGAGUACCUGCUGCCGCAGCCCAGCAUCUGCAACCCGUAUCUGUCAUCGGCGCAGCUGUCUGUGGAUCACAAGUCCACUCUACAUGAAGUGCUCUCGGUGCCAUCGACAUCUCUUGGAAGCACGAUGACCAUGGUUCGCGAUCACGUCACCGGCGAGUACUGCGCAGCAACCGAGACCGAGCUAUCAGGCGAGGCUAACCCAAUGUCGUUUAUGCGUAAAACUGGUCGCAAGCAAAACUAUGCUUCCGGAUCGAGCAACCAGGUGCCGUUCCAACCUGGCGGUCUGGACGAGAAAGACCUGGAGGCAUCCUCAGGGAAUCAAGCGCAGCCGAUCGAUUUGGCGGUCGAGCGGUACGGUGACGCUGCCGAUGAGGAGCCCAGCCCAGCCAAGGAAGCUGGUGAUGGAGUUAAGGAUCCGGAGAACGAUGAGCUUGAUCAGCUUGUGAAGGAUGACGCGGCAAUGGCACGCAAAGAGUGGGCCCAUGUCAUUGACGUUACCGCUGGGUUCUCAAAUUUCCACGACCUGGUGCCCAAGCCGGCCAAGCAGUUCCCCUUCGAGCUCGAUGUGUUCCAGAAACGCGCUGUGUAUCAUCUAGAGCGCGGCGAUUCGGUUGCUGGCAAGACCGUGGUGGCCGAGUACGCGGUGGCACUCUCGCAGAUGCAUAUGACCAAGACCGUGUACACGUCGCCGAUCAAAGCGCUGUCGAACCAAAAAUUCCACGACUUUUCUCAGUCGUUUGGCGAGGAUAAUGUGGGAAUUCUGACCGGCGACGUCAAGAUCCGGCCUGAGGCGCCGUGCCUGAUCAUGACUACCGAGGUGCUGAAGAAUAUGCUGUACCGUGGUGCCGAUGUGCUGCGCGAUGUCGAGUUUGUUGUGUUCGAUGAGUGCCACUACAUCAACGAUAUUGAGCGCGGCGUCGUGUGGGAGGAAGUCAUCAUCAUGCUCCCCCGGCAUGUGUCGAUUAUUCUGCUUUCAGCUACUGUGCCCAACACCAAGGAGUUUGCCGAGUGGGUCGGGCGCACAAAGAAGCGCGACAUAUACGUGAUCAACACGCCGAAGCGGCCGGUGCCGUUGGAGCACUAUCUAUAUAUGAUGAAGAUUGUCGACAAGAACGGCAACUUCGACAGCAAUGAAUGGCGCGAUGCCUACGCUGCUGUAAACAAGCCAGCGAGCAAGCCUGGUGGUUCCAGUGCUGGUCGUGGCCGGUCCAAUGCUGGACGGCGUGGCGGUGGGGCUGGUAAUCUGACACGCACGCGUCAGGGAGCGACGCUGUGGGUGCAUUUGGCCGGAUUCUUGCGUAAGCAGAAGCUGCUACCGGCUGUUUGCGAAGAGUACGCGUCUACGCUGUACAACCUGGACUUUUUGAACGAGAGCCGCCGCAGCGAAGUCCAUAUCUUCGUGGAUCGCUGCUUGAAGCGGCUCAAGCCAGAGGAUCUGAUUCGGGACCUGCUCAAGCGCGGCAUUGGUGUGCACCACUCCGGGUUGCUACCAAUUAUCAAGGAGAUUGUGGAGCUUCUGUUUGCUCGUGGGCUGAUCCACUGCCUGUUUGCUACCGAGACUUUUGCCAUGGGGGUCAACAUGCCUGCGCGCUGUGUUGUGUUCUCGUCGCUGCGGAAGCAUGAUGGCCGAUCGUUCCGCGAGCUGCUACCGGGUGAAUACACGCAGAUGGCUGGACGUGCUGGGCGCCGUGGUCUCGACGACACGGGUGUUGUGAUCAUCAAUGCUGCCAACGACGUGCCCGAUACACCGACGCUGCACACAAUGCUGCUGGGAUCGGCAACCAAGCUCGAGUCACAGUUCCGCCUUACGUACAACAUGAUCCUGAAUCUGCUGCGUGCCAAGCAGCUACGCGUCGAGGAGGUUAUCAAGCGCAGCUUUGGCGAAAACACAUCGCAGGGACAGGUGCCGGAGUUUGAGCGCCAGGUGGUCGAUAUCAAGCAGAAGCUCGACGAUAUGCCAGAGCUAUCGUGUCCGAUUUGCGAAGAGGACAUCAGCGAAUACUACCGUAUUGCCAGAGCAGUGCAAAGGCUGACUGCCCGUCUGCAUUCUACAGUCGCCCAUCGGUUAUCAGGAACCGGUGCCUCUGGCUACAUUGCCCAGGCAUUCUGCCCAGAGUUCCCUAAGCUUCCGCUGACAUCGGACGGCUCCAAAUUCGCAUGUGUCGUUCUCAACGACAGUGGCACUGUGCCUCCUCGUCCCUUGUCAGAUGCACAGACCCAGCUGGCCAAGCUGGACCAGCCACGCAUGACAUUCACCUAUGCUGCUGUGCCAACGUCGUCGAUUGCCUUGGCUUUGGACAGUGUGGUCAAGCUGGGCUCAUCGCUGGUGAGCAAGCAGCGGUUGAACAGCACCACGCCUACGGAUGUGCCCUCUGAUCUGGAGCUCAAGAUCAGCCAGGCAUUGCAGGCGCUGAUGUCGCAGCCUUCGGCGGAAUACCCGUGGGCCAAGGAGCUGGUAUACGAGCGUGCACGCCUGGUGCAGUCUGCAGUUGGAUUCCAAACUUGGAUCUUCCUGCCUGACUACCGCGUGCGCCUUGAGGUCUUGCGCGAUCUCGGGUAUACUGACGAGACGGGCAACGUGCAGCUCAAGGGCCGUGUUGCCUGCGAGAUGAACUCAGCCGACGAAUUGGUUCUGACUGAGCUGAUUCUCGACAACACGUUAGCACAGUAUGAGCCCGAGGAGAUUGUGGCAUUGGUUUCGGCGUUUGUGUGCCCGGAAAGGAGCGAAAGCUCGGAUCUGAUGAGCAGGCUGCCAGUGCAGCUCAAGCAGGGCCGGCAGCAGAUUGUUGAAACUGCAAAGCGCAUUGGGUCACUGCAGGCAGCGUACGGACUUCCGGUGAGUAUCGAGGAGUACCAGCGCGAGUUCCGGUUCGGGCUGAUGGAAGUGGCGUACGAGUGGGCGCGCGGGAUGUCGUUCCAAAACAUCACCAUGCUGACAGACACGCAGGAAGGCAUUAUCGUGCGCUGCAUCCUGCGGAUUGAUGAUGUCUUGAAGAACUGCAUGUCAGCAGCCCUGCUGCUGAAGCUGCAGGCUGCCAGCGAGAUGAUUCGUCGCGACAUUGUGUUUGCUGCCUCGCUUUAUUUCUAAUAGACAUUCGUCGGGCCCGUUAUUCUUUCAGCGACCAAGGAGUGGGAUGAUACGCUGCAUAUCAUGCUAGGCAAUGCAUGUAGCCUGAAGAUCAGUAGCAAUAUGUACAAACCUGAUACUCGGCGCGUGAAUAUUUUCAGAUAUGGUCCAAUACAAUUUGCGCUGUGCAAGUACCUUUGAA